AACUCACUCACUUAAAGGAGCACCUACCCUUCUUCAUCAAGUACUCUCAAAAAUUAAAUCCACUAUUUAAAGAAGCAAAAAUUUUAUCUCAUUUUUAUCACUACAAAACCCAUCUUUUUAUCCUCUUAAUUUCAUUUCCAAUUAACCAUUUCAUUUCCAAUCAUGCCAACGACGUCGUUUUGGUGUUACCGUUGCACGCGUUUCAUUUCUCUUACCAACGACAACGCCGUCGUUUGUCCUCACUGCGAAGGCGGUUUCGUCGAAUCCGUUGACGCCGCCACACCGGAAAACCGCCGCCGGUUUCUGUCCGGCAACAUCAACCGAUCAGAUCUGAGAUUCCGCCGCCGUAACCGUCGCAACACCAACAGCUUCUCCCCGUUCAAUCCUGUCAUCGUUCUCCGCGCCGUCGCCGAUGAAAACUCCACCGCCGGAGAUAGAGGAUUUGAGCUCUUUUACGACGACGGAGCUGGCUCCGGAUUACAGCCGUUGCCGGAGAUGAUGUCGGAGUUUCUAAUGGGAUCAGGUUUCGAUCGGUUGCUUGAACAGUUAUCGAGAAUCGAUAUUUCCGGUUUGAACCGGUCGGAGCAAACACCGGCCUCGAAAUCCGCCGUGGAUUCGUUACCGACUAUUUCGGUAACGAAAUGCCACGUCAGCACGGAAUCUCAGUGUGCUGUUUGUAUCGAAACGUUUGAUAUAGGUGAUAUAGCGCGUGAGAUGCCUUGUAAACAUAUAUAUCAUUCUGACUGUAUAGUUCCGUGGCUCGAGUUACGAAACUCGUGCCCUGUGUGUCGUUACAAACUAACAACAGAUUCUGUUGCAACAGAAUCAACAAAUUCCGUUGUAACGGAGUCUGUUACAACGGAAUCCGUAGUUGCAACAGAAUCGAGUCCAUUAAAUACUACCGAUGUUAAUAUUAAUGACCGAGCAAUUGGAUUAACUAUAUGGAGAUUACCUGGUGGUGGAUUUGCUGUAGGCAGGUUCACCGGAGGUAGGAGGAGUGAAAGAGAGGUUCCUGUUGUGUAUACCGAGCCCGACGGAGGGAUAAGUGAGGAUUCAAGUAGUAUGUCUAGGAGAGUAAUGUGGGAGAGGACGAGAGGACAAAGUGGAACCGCGAUAGGGGGGAUGAGGAGAGUUUUUCGUAGCGUGUUUUCAUUCUUAGGAAGAAGGAUAUCGAGUAGUUCUAAUGACUCGGAAUUGAAUGGUGAUUCGAUGACUACAAGUAGGAGUUUGUCGAAUUCGAUUUUGAGUAGGAUGACUACAACCAGGAGAAGUAGUAGUACUAGGACUUGGAUUUUGGAUGAACAAACGGGUGUGUCGAGAUUGUAGGAUUCGAAUAUGAUGAAUAAGUUCAUAAUAAUCGAUUGAAGUUUUGUUUGAUUUCGCAAACUUGUAUUGUAAAUAUAUAUGUGAUAAAAACUUUGAUGUAUUUGUUGUAUGGCAAAUUGGCAAUGCCAAACAUUGGAUAUGUAAAUUUCGGCAAUUAUCAAGUUCAUAUGGUUCUAUUUUAGAACUAAUUUGCAUCA